GGAUAUUCGACCGAUUCUCCGUAUUUGUUCCUACAGUGUGCAUUAGCUUUAUUCUCUGCUUUUACGCGCCGGCGCCUUUUUACUGUUUUUAAUCCCAAAAAAAAAGUGUUACUUCCAAAAUGAAAGUUUAGAUGCUUAUCUUCUUGCAUCUCUUCUCUUUAUACCAUCAUUCAAACAAGAUGGACUGGGAACGAAAAGGAAGACCAAAAGCUUCGGCAGCGGCUGCUCAUCAAUUACGAGCAGCUGAACGUGAUGAAUCGCCUUCACCACAAAUCACUUCUCCUCCUCUAAGUGAUAGUGGGCGGAUAACGCCCUUCUUACAAACUCCGCCAAUUUCAAGAAGUGCACAAUCAUACUAUAGUGAACUUGAUGAGAAAAGAAUGCACGAGGCUGAUUCAUUAAUCUGGGCUCAACAAAGAGGAGAGGUUGCCAGCCUUUCUUCACCUACAAAACCCAAUGGUAUCUCUCAAUCAUCACCCCUUUCUUCACUAGACUCUCAACCUACCCAUCCUGACAUAGAAGCCGAGAUGAGAAGAAACAUCCAACGAAAACAAUCACAUUUUGUCGAAGCAAGUAGCAGCGAAGAGACAUCCUACGACACAGCCGUUCAAAGUCAUCACAAUGCCAAAGGCUUAUCAUUUGCUUCCUCCCCUGCUGAUGCGGCGGCUGCUGUUGCAAAGAUGGGAGCAGCUUCCAUGACGCCUGCAAAUGAUUCAAUUAUGGCCUCUCUUCUUCCUACUUCACAAAACGUUGGGGAAGAAUUGACUGCUGAAAUGAAGAAGCUUUAUUCGGAUUUGCAAAAAUGUCUGGAGUUACGUGAGAAAUACAUGGACAUCAGUUUACAAGGCAAAUGGCAGGACAACCCCAAAAAUUGGGAUGCUGAAUAUUGUCACACAUGGGCAAGAGAGAACGGCAAACGCAAACCUGACAUCACCGAUAAAUCCAAAAUUAAAGUAGACGGAAGUGCUUUAGAGGACGAUCAAAAGACUCCAAAGCCUUGGCGUGUCUAUCCUGCUCCUCCUAGACCACAUUGGGAGAAAUUUGAACCUGCUCCCGCUAGCAGCUUUGUCAUUCGACCUACAAGCGUGAACCCUUUGCCUCCUGCUAUUCCAUCUGCCAGCCCUGCAAAUGCAAAUGAAGCACAAGCUUUACUAGAGGCCACGGGUAGUCAGCCAGGUGUCUUUAACAUGCAACAUGUUCGUAUUCCUGACCAACAUACGGUCAACGGCAACAAGGCAUUCUGGAAGAUGGAUGAUUCCGGUGUGAUUCAGGUGUUUGCGUCCGAAGAAGAGGCUCAAAAGCCGAUGUUCAAGAUUCCAACCAUUGCAGAAUAUUUCAAAGACUUGGACUAUUUGCUCUCCGUGAUUUCCGAUGGACCAACGAAGUCAUAUGCGUGGCGACGAUUGAAAUAUCUAGAUGGAAAGUGGAAUCUGUACAUUCUCCUGAAUGAAUAUCAAGAAUUGGCCGAUAUGAAACGAGUUCCACAUCGUGACUUCUACAAUGUUCGUAAGGUCGAUACGCACAUUCACCACAGCGCCUCAAUGAACCAAAAGCAUCUUUUGCGUUUCAUCAAAGCAAAGAUCAAACGAUACCCUGACGAUGUUGUGAUUUAUCGUGACGGCAAACAUUUGACGCUUCAACAAGUAUUUGAAUCACUCAAUUUGACUGCUUAUGAUCUCUCGAUUGACACAUUAGACAUGCACGCCCAUCAAGAUUCUUUCCAUCGGUUUGACAAAUUCAAUUUGAAAUACAAUCCAAUCGGAGAAUCAAGAUUGCGUGAAAUCUUCCUGAAGACAGACAACCAUAUCAAAGGUCGCUACUUGGCUGAGAUCACACGUGAAUUGAUGAACGACUUGGAACAAAGCAAAUAUCAAUUUGCCGAAUAUCGUAUCAGUAUCUACGGCCGUAACAAAGAAGAAUGGGACAAAUUGGCUGCUUGGGUGGUUGACAACAACCUGUUCAGUAACAAUGUCCGUUGGUUGAUUCAAGUUCCGCGCCUAUACGAUGUGUACAAGGCGAACGGCACAUUGGAAAGUUUCCAACAAUUGCUCGAAAAUGUAUUUGUUCCUCUCUUUGAAGUAACGCAAAAUCCUCAAAGUCACCCAAAACUGCACAUCUUCCUUCAACGUGUCAUUGGUUUUGACAUGGUAGAUGAUGAGAGCAAACCGGAAAGAAGAAUUCAUCGUAAAUUCCCCGUUCCUCGCCUUUGGACGGUAAACGAAAGUCCUCCGUACAAUUAUUGGAUCUACUACAUGUAUGCCAAUAUUUCAAGUGUCAAUCGUUGGAGACAAAUGCGUGGUUUCAACACUUUUGUCUUUCGCCCUCACGCCGGAGAAGCAGGUGAUACGGAUCAUAUGGCAUCUUGUUUCUUGGCAGCACAAUCAAUCUCUCACGGUAUCCUGCUGCGCAAAGUGCCGGUAUUGCAAUACCUCUACUAUCUCAAACAAGUGGGCAUGGCAAUGUCACCUUUGAGUAAUAACGCAUUAUUCUUAUCAUACGAUCGCAAUCCUUUCCCGGCCUUUUUGCGCGUGGGAAUGAACGUGAGCAUCAGUACGGAUGAUCCUCUCCAAUUCCACUUGUCCAAAGAACCUUUGUUGGAAGAAUACAGUGUCGCAACACAAAUUUACAAACUUCGUCCAAGCGAUAUGUGUGAAUUGGCAAGGAACAGUGUUUUGCAGUCUGGUUUCGAAACAGAACUAUGUCGUCAUUGGUUAGGUCCAAAGUAUUAUCUACGUGGACCGGAUGGUAACGUUGUUGCUAAAUCAAACGUGCCCGAUAUUCGUCUACGAUUCCGUCAAGAGACAUUGAAGGAAGAGUUGGAUUUGAUUUGGAAGCACAAAGGGUCUGCCCAAUAAUGUUCCUAUCACAGAGAAAUAUCGCGCAAGUUGUUCAUACGUAAAAUAGAUUA